AUGUUGAAGAUUCAUCCUUCCUCAAUCCGUGCAGAUCUGGUACUGAUAUGUAAUAAAGGUACUGACAAUAAAGAGGAGAGCCCAAAGGCUGGUAGCAAGCCCAAGGUGUCGCUUGUUCAGUUGGCCUCGGCUAUUGUGUUGUUGACGGCUGUGUCGAUUGGUGUGAUUGGCAAAACCAAACCGGGGGUGUUCCUCCGUAUCCCACAAGUCGGCUUUAUUUUCUGGGCCAUCACUGGCAAUCCUGUUCCUCCUUACUUUGAUGAAGGCUGCCUCUACGAAUCCAACUUUAAGCAACAGGUCCAGGAUGGUGACGUUAUCGUUUCUUCUGGUGCCAAAGCGGGCACUCUCUGGUUGCAAAACAUUGUCUUUCUACUGCGUUCCGGUGGAUGGGACGAUUUUGACAGCUUGACCGACACUGGCGGCAGUUGUGAAUUUCUCAUGUACCCGGAACACACCAUGGAACAGCGCCUCCAAGAAGUCCAAGAAAAGCGCAGGAGAAUGCAAGAGCGAGGAAUCCAACACAUGCAACACUUUACGCAUCAAUUCCCAGCUCCUCAUCUGUAUGGACUGGAUCCAGCCAAGAAUCCCAACAUCAAAUACCUUGCCAUAGUCCGACAUGGAAAAGAAGUGGUUCGUUCUAUUCACCCCUUCAUCAAUGGUCACACGGAAGAAUUCCGGACCAUGUGGGGUGGAUUCCCACCCAAAUUCAAGGCACCGCAAGACACACUCAAGUUUUUCAUUCAGGAUGUUCCAGACUUGUAUUUUGGACACUUGUUGGCAUGGUGGAAGGUCAAGGACCUGUCCAAUGUUCUCCUGAUCCAUUUCGCGGACUUGCGCCACAAUCCACGUCAAGUCAUCCAAGACAUAGCCCAAUUUUUGAAUGUCCAAGUCGACGACGAUUUGAUGCAAGUGGUCCUUGACAAAACCAGCCACGAGUACAUGUCAUCGGCCCACAAUCAGCGCACCUUCAAGUACGAGGCCAUUUUUGGAUAUCCUCAUGAAAAACGUAGGCCCUUUGUGCAGGAAGGAGUCCACAUUAGCAAGGAACAGGGUGGACGGUUGGAUAGAGGAGGCGAAUUCUUUACCAAAGAAAUGAGUCAACAGUGGGAGGCGGCCAUGCAACAAUACUUUGGUCAUGAUCCAGUAUUGAUGAAAUUUGCGAACGAGGGAAGUGUGGCAUUGAACAAGAAAGAGGACUGA